AUGUUCAAGACAGAAAUGAAUCUGGGGCUUAGAUGGCCACAAUUGCCAAAUAUGCCCUGCCUUAAGGAUCCGAGGAAUGUCCUUCCUUCUGGAGUGACCAUCCCAUAUGAGGGUUCCUCUUUCAAGGAGAAGUUUGGCUGGAGGAAGGAGUAUCCGUACCCUGUCAUGAAUGACUAUAUCUCUUUUUCUACAUUCAUUCACGAUGGCACCCCAGAUCCUGCCUUGGGCCACCCUGGAGAUGUGUAUGUGGACAUUGCUGGAAGGAUGCUGUGGGGAAAGAUUGGAGAGCAUGAGUGGAGGGCAUUCACAUCGAUGAAGUUCAACACUACCAAUGAACAAGUUCUCUACCAUCCAUAUUUUCCCCAGAGAAGGAUCCUCCACAUUAACCCCAAGGGGAAAGUGGUCUGGACACUCUCUGAUACAGCAAGAGGUUGGAAGGCUGAGGCAGGAGAUGAUCUUGAGAAAGCUAUCAACCGUCUUAUUGAGCGUUAUAAACCCAGCAUGGCGCUGGAGAGCAACACACACUCCACCAUGGAUAUGGAUGCCAGAAUCCCAGAGGGUUAUUCCACCUCUUAUGGGGCUGAUGAGAGUCCCAGUGAAUCAUAUCCAGUGACAGGAAAUGCUGAGCUGCAGUCAUCCAUUGAUGCAGUUGAUCCACCACAAAAGAUAUACAUGCCAACCCAAUCAUUCCAUUGUAAUCCAGAGAAACUCCUCCUGGCAGCAGCUGGAGAUGAAUCUGUUGAAAGGCCAUCCUUGAAGACGGCUAUACCUACUCUCAUCACACCUGCUAGCUCUGAAUGUGACCCUCGCAGGGAUCCACCCAGGCUGAAGGCACAUCACCUCAGAAAUGCCAUCCACGCUCACACACCAGACCCAUCUACGAUGGACUUUGCCAAAUAUGGUAUCUCUGGUUGUGUUGCACUGCCAAUGUUACCCACACGGGCAGGGAACCAUGUGGUGCCCGGGUCUCCUGGCGCGGAGGACAGCCCCGAAGAGGGUCAUUGCCAGUGCUCGAGUGCCAGCGAGGACUCGGAGUGGUGCGCUAACUCUUCGGGACGGUUCCCGCUAUCCUACUGUCGCACCGAGAAGUAG